AUGUUUUGGGAUGUUCUGAAAGAGUUAAUUGAUCGGGAUCAUCAACUACGGCGAGAAGCUGCCAAACGAAAAGAAAAUGUGGUCGUAGUUAUUUCCGAUGAUGAAGAUGAAGACGAUAGCAGGAACAGUUCCAAACAUCUUGAUGAUGAUUAUGGAAACCUGUUAAUUGAAUAUCUAAAUUUUCAAGAGAACCAAUCAUCAGUAUACGACGCAUUUAUUUCCAUGUUGUGCAAGAAAGUGGUAGAUGAUAUGGUUAAUUUUAAACAAUGUUUUACUGUACCAUUUAUAUUUACUCUUAAUUUUAAAUAUCAAGAAAUAUUAAUUUACACCAUCAUUAAGUUGCAUCACAAAUUCAAGAAGAAACAUAUUUUGGAACUAGUGAAUGAAUUUAUUAGUUACAGCAAGCGUGAUCAAAAUUCACAUGAUAAUCUUGUUAUUCUAAAACAACUAUUCAGAGAAUUGUGCCGUAAAUUGAACGAUAGAUCGUUGUUAGAAAUAUUUGACAAGAGCGUUGCAGUUCUACCAAAUCAUUCGAAAUUGUCUAUUGCAGCUACUAAUUCUUUGAGAGAAUGCGUAACGGAUCUAUACCAAACCAAGACGGUAUCUAGACGAAGGACAAUAACACAGCAAGAUUUAUCAAAUAAUAUUUCUAGCAACAUAGUUAAUAAGAAACGAGGUCUAGAUGAAUUUGUACCAAUUGAAGAAAACAAGGAGGACGACAUUGAGAGCAUCACCAAAGAAAAUAGUCAAAAAAAACUGAAAUCAAUCAAUACUGAAGCCAAAUCCUUGAAUAAUGCCAACUUGCUAUCCAAUGACACUCCAAAAGAUUUGAGUACUGAUCAAAAAAAAGAAAUUACAAAAUUCAAAAAGAUACUAGAACGAGCAACCAACCCAAAAAGUAUUACAAUGGACUUGUUGAUUUCUAUAAUCAAUUCAGCAGAGUCUAUCGAGCAAUUAAGCCAGAUUUUCAAGGACCUUAACGUUGAAAAGUUGAACGACUCGAAUCUAUUACAUAUCACUCAAAAUCUAAUUUCCAAGACUGGAUUGGUCACUUCUUCCAAAUAUCUGAGCCAUAAUAUUCAGUGUGACAUAUUUGUACAAAAGUUUUUACAGCCGAGAGUACUGUCAAUGAAACAAAAGGCGUCAAGGCAUUUGUUUUCAUGCUUGCAACACGUUUGUGGAAAUCCUGACUUUACAAACAUUGUUAUUGAUAGAAUUAUUAUAGGACUAUCCACAUUACAAAGCGAAGACAGAUCGACCCAAUUAUCUGUAGACCAAGUUGAAAUUAUUACUAGAAUUAUGGAUAAAAUUCUUCAAACAGAAGGCAAGAUUUAUUUACUAAAACAAAUACUUGAAUACACUGAAAACAAACGAAUGGUAUGGAAUGAAGAAGUUACUAUUAACAUUCUCAACAGAAUUUUAGAAACCAAAAAUGUUGCUUCAAAGUUGGAACCACAUGCUUUAGAAUUGAUUCUACGACAACUUGAAGAAAUGGUCAAACUCUUUUCAAAGUCUCUUAAAUUCUCCUUAUUGAUUGGAAAUUUCAUUAGUAUCAUCAGCAACUCGAGUGGGUCAGUACUAUUACAGUCAUAUUAUCCCUCGCUGAAAGAUAUCAUCCACCAGCUUGAAAAUAAGAUGAAGGAUACACUCGAAAAGAAACUUGAAUCUAUGCGGGCUCAAUGA